AUGCCUUCUACACCACACCGCAUACUCAUAUACGCGGAGCUCUUAUCAAACAUAAGACAAGUGUCCGCCGGCUGCACAUUGCACACGCCCAGUACAUCCGGCACCAAGGCAACGGUCUCGCCCGAUGGUCUGAGCCUGACAAUCGAUCACGAUGGACUGAAAGAGGGUAUUCUGCUACCCGGGCGAGUAACAUCACCGCCGCAGCUUCCCUUGCCAAAGACAGGUUCCACGAGCCUGUCCUGGCGGUUGCCUCUGGCAGGUACCACAAAUGGCCGCAUUGGGAACGCAUCAGAAGAGACCGUCCCAUGGUCGGCGGAUGACCUGGAGCCCGCAUCGACGAUAAGCUGCAGGGCAUGCAGCGCCGCUAUCGUCAACGCCGGCGUCCUCCAAGUAUGGAAAGACCUACCGAGCGAGAACUGGGCCGAGAUGAUGGAGUUUUGGCAUUGCCACAAGCCUGAUCACAAGCACGGCAAUGGCGACGGCGACGAGCACCUGGCUACCAGAGGCUAUGGCGCCAGCUCGAGGAUAUCCGCGCAGCCCGGUGUUGGGUUUGUGGAUCUGACUUCGUUUCUGCUCUCCGAAACCGAUGUACUGGAGUCUGCUGUCACACCUCCAGUAAGCAAGAGCAUGGAAGCCAGCAAUGGGAAACCAGAGAAUUCCACGCAGAGCACCACGGGAGCUGAGAACAGCAUCAUACAUUGCAACUCAUGUAAGAGCCAACUAGGCGUACGGAAUGGCGAAGCCUCAUCUAUUUCCCUCUUCAAAUGGCAAGUCAGCAUCAAUGAACGAAACCCUCAAGCCGCAACAACAACAAAAACACCGAGUCUCCCGCAGUGCGUCAGCGCAAUGCUUCUAGCGACCAUGGCCCGGUCAGGCUGCAGCAAAUCGAUCAUCCUACCAAUGAAGACGCAAAGCCCGUCAGUCCCGAACGGAGCUCAGGCCAAGCGUUCCCGAUCACUACUAAACAUAUGGGUGUUCAACGGCAACAUCACAUUCUCAUCGACACAGGACUCUAGUUCACCUGUGAAUGCGGUCAAGGUUCUCUACCGGAUGGUCAGCCAGGAAGAAGCAGAGAAGAUGCUUGACUCCAUGACGUCGGAUGUCCAGGAUAUAUCGCUCCCAGCUGAGGCGACGGAUCUGGUCAUUGAACUGCUCGAGAAAAGCAAUGGGUUUGUCCCGCAGAGUGAUCGCAGGUUCAAGGAGUGGACGAUUGGACUGUUGGAGAAAUGGAAUGGCGGAGCUGGAUGA